CGCCCCCGCGCUCCUCCGCCCGCCGUCCGCGCCCGCCGAGGUGAGCCCGGCGCGCGGGCCGAGACCGCCGCCCCGACCCUGUCCACACCCGCGGAAACCGCUGCGGGCUCCUCCCGCCCCCUGAGCGCUGUAGUCGCCUCUGCUUCCUCGCUUCUUUCGUCAUGCCAGGCUCCCCGGUCCUCUGGUCGGAGACUUUAUUCCCUCCGUCGCUGGCCCCUUUGCUUUUACCUCCUUCUGGCUUGUGCUCCCUUCCCCCUCCCCCUGUCCUUCUUAUCCCCUACUUUUCUUCCUCUCCCCUUUCUGCCCUUUUUCUAGGCCCCUCUCUUUUCUUUCUUAAAAAAGGGAAAACAAUAACCCCCCAAAGGAAAAUUUUUAGUGUAACUCUUUGCUAAUGCUAGAGACCUUUGGAAGGAAUGAAUCAAUGUGCCGGAAUGGUGGUGGGGAGGGUACCAGGUUCACAAUAUCUGGGGAAUCUGAUCUGGGGAAUCUGAUCGAGAGGUCCAUGUUUCAGUCUUCGUGUCCCUGGUGUCGGCAGUUUGGAGAUACUGAGGGUGAUCGAAGCAAGUGGGUCUAUUUUUCUUCCUUCAAGUCCAACAGAAGACUGCAGUGAGACGCGGUGCGGGGACGGCCACCGAUUAGUUAGUGGGAAUAGCAUUAUCAUUUGCUAAAUAUAUUAUGACAUACCCUGUGCCUCUGUGAACAGCUCCCUUGACCUUGUGCGGCUCCUCCUCCCUCGCUCUCUGUCCCCCUCUGGAAUUUCCCGGAGAGAUCACCGAGAAAGACAGGACGAACUCCAAUGUGAGAAUGGCUGUGACUUUGGAAGAAGCUCCGUCGCUGGUCUGGAUCUUGGUGAAAGCCCUGCUGAGGUUUGCCUUUAUGGUCGCCAACAACGUGUUUGCAAUUCCAGCUUACAUCUGCUAUGUGAUUGUGCUUCAGCCCCUUCGAAUGCUGGACAGUAAGCUCUUCUGGUAUAUUGAAGGACUCAUGUAUAAAUGGCUUUUAGGAAUGGUGGCUUCUUGGGGAUGGUAUGCUGGAUAUACAGUGAUGGAAUGGGGGGACGAUAUUAAAACAAUUUCAAAUGAUGAAGCAGUGAUGUUGGUGAAUCAUCAGGCAACGGGAGAUGUGUGUACUCUGAUGAUGUGCCUCCAGGAUAAAGGACUGGUUGUUGCUCAAAUGAUGUGGUUGAUGGAUCAUAUUUUUAAGUACACAAACUUUGGAAUUGUUUCUCUAAUUCAUGGAGACUUCUUUAUAAGACAGGGAAAACUUCAUCGUGACCAACAGCUUCUUCUUCUCAAGAGGCACCUAGAAAAUAAUUACAGGAACAGAGAUAGAAAAUGGAUUGUUUUAUUUCCAGAAGGGGGCUUCCUCAGGAAGAGGCGAGAAACAAGUCAGGCAUUUGCCAAGAAAAAUAACUUACCGUUUCUUACACAUGUCACUCUGCCAAGGAUUGGAGCAACAAAAGUUAUUUUGAGUGCACUUGUAGCACGACAGGAAAAUGGAAGUCCAGCAGGAGGAGAUGCUAAAGAACUAGAUAGCAAAUCUAAAGGCCUCCAGUGGAUAAUAGAUACAACCAUAGCUUAUCCCAAAGCUGAACCCAUAGAUAUUCAAACCUGGAUCCUUGGAUACAGAAAACCAAGAGUCACACAUGUACAUUACAGGAUCUUUCCAAUCAAAGAUGUUCCCCUGGAGACGGAUGACCUUUCUGAUUGGCUCUAUCAACGUUUUAUUGAAAAAGAGGACCUCUUAGCGCAUUUUUAUGAAACAGGGGCUUUUCCACCUCCCAAGGGCCACAAGGAAGCUGUCUCCAGGGAGAUGACCCUCAGCAAUAUGUGGAUCUUUCUCAUACAGUGUUUUGCAUUUCUGUCAGGCUACAUGUGGUACAACAUCAUUCAGUAUUUUUACCAUUGCCUGUUUUAGGAAUUGACUUGGACUCAUCAAGGUCACCAUAGGAGUUCAGACUUUCAUGAGUGUGCAUUAUUUUACAUGUGCAAAUCAGAAUAUAAAAAGAAAAAAAAAAGGAAAUUCCAUGGAUGGAUUAAUGUUUAUCCCCCUUUGGGAUAUUUUAAAACUCUGCUAAAAUGAAGAUCAGUAAUGUGUUUUAAUUAAGGACUUUUCAUGUUUUAAAAAGAUACAUUCUAGCACACAUUUAAGCCAACAUCACAUUUGGAGGAGGGGAAAUCAUCAAAUCAUCCUAGAAGACUGAGAGAAAUUCAGUUGCCACCAGACAUACUUGAUACCCUAGUUCAAGCUAAGGAAGCUGUAUUCGUCCUCUUAGCUAGUAGUCUCUGUUAGGGCGGUGCUGUAGAGCGCCCUCCUUUCCGCCAGCUCUUGCUGCGUUACUGGUAACCUGGAGCGGGGCUGCUCAGCAUCUUCUGAAGAACUGUCUCCCUGUCAUUUGCAGUGGCUCGUCAGUCCUCAACAACUCAGUGUCACGCGUGCUCUGGGGGGGAAAGCAGUGUCCAGUGGACAUAUCCCGGUACUAGAAUGUGCUCUUUAAAAAGGCUAGCUCGGUCUCAGUCUAACACAGUGUUUACAGGCACUCGUGCUUUCCCUUGUAUGAGGGUGUCACUUGCCUUCUUUUGUAUAGAAGGCAUAUUGUAGAUUGAUAAUUGUCUUUUACAAAAUGCACUUUGAUCAGAUGCAUAUAUAGCAAAGGAUUAGUAGCAUAGCCUGAGAACAAAUGUGAGCAUAAUCAGUAAGAAGCCGUCUUGUCUGCGUUUUUAUCUGUUUUGCAGAUGCUCUGCAGCGCCUCCCCGAACUGGGACCACAGUGAGGUGAGGCUUCUGUCUGGCUCAGAGGCUUUUUUAUUUUAUUUUUUAUUUUUUUUGGCAUUUUAGCACCAAUGCAUUUGGGGAUGGUUGAAAUAAAUUAAUGAGAAACAUUUAAAUGAUUAAGGUGAAAUAGGCUAGUUUAUUAGAAAAAGAAGAGCUACAGCCAGACACUGGCUUAAAACGGUGACAAGUUCUCACAUGGCACCCCCAGAACCUGUCACAUCAAGGAGCUGCCCAUGUCAGAGCGGUGUGACCAGGAGUGAGACCAUCACACAGGCUUCCCAGUCUCUUCCAGUUGCUUUUGAAGAGGACAAAGUCAAGUGUCUGUUUCUAGAAAACACAUUGUUGGUUUUUUUUUGGUUUUUUUUUUUAUAUAUUUGUCACUGUUCAUGCGAUUUACCUCACAGUAGAACCAAACUCUUCUCAAAAAGUGCCAGCACCACAUCAGCCCAUUACGGGCGCACCAGUGCUGAGAAAGGGCGUGGGCUGUGGUUUGGGACUGGAAGACUCUUGCGAUCCUAGGAAGUCAGUUUUCUGUGACAUGAGCACUGUAGACAUCCCCUGUUGUCGCUAAUCAUACAAAUGACAAUUUUGAGAAGUAGGCCGGAAAAUAAAAGUAAGGCUGAUGUUUUCUGUUUUCAAUAAACCAAAAAUACUGAGAAGAUGUGAAUUUUCUCCCAGUUACGUGGGAAGGUAAAGCAACACCAAAUAAACGACACAGCAGCUUCAUCUUUAUGUUAACUCCGUGCAUGUAAGAAAGAGAAUGAUGUGUUAACUGAAAUACCUCACUGAUUAUACUACUACUGGUAAAACGCACAGGACAGUGUUAAUGUGUUUGGUUUGGUCAUGGUUGUUAUAAGAUGCCUUUUUUUUUUUUAAUCUAAGCAUUUCAUUGUAUGUUUUACAGUGACAGUGGAUAGGUGAAACCAAUCUCAAUUUAGAGGUACGGGUGACAAUAGGAAGCCAAGUAGAAGCUUAAAGAUAGCCUCUAUUGGAGGCCCAGCAAAUUGUACUAGAUUACAAGGUGAAUUGAAGUUGUUCACUUGAGAAAUUAGUCAGCCAUGGGGGGACUAAGUUGCUCACUGUCAAAUAUGACAUGCGCAGUUCUAGCUAUUAGACUGUUUCCUCAUUGCUAAAGCAAGCACAGGUAGAGUGGCCAGUUCUGUCUGUCUCUCUGUCACACACACACACAUACCACACGCAUACAUGCCUACACGGAUAUGGUUUAAGGCCACUCUUGUCAUCACUGUGCCCCAAAGGAACAUGAUAUUGUUUCAUGUACUGUACACAUUAAGCAAACUAUUCUAUAAGAUGCUUUACUUUUCAAGCGCAGUCAGUUCAACAGGCUAUUGACAAAUGCCAAUAGAUAUGUGAGUUAAUUUUUGAAAGUAGGUCUGUGAGCUGUCAGUAGAUGUGUGUUUGAUCUGCCCUCUCCCUCUUUGAUUCUUUAUCAAUAUGUUUUCUCUCUUCUGCUUGUUUGAGAGCAUCGCUCAUGCUUUCCUAGUGGUAACUGGAGUUCUGCUUGCGCUAGGAAACGUGAAGAGAGAAUCAGUGUUCUUGAAUGGCAAUCAGGGAAGCAGCAAUAUACCACUAUACAGAACUGAAUAAAAAAUCCUAAUUUGUACUGUCUUUGCAAAGUGAGACGAAAAAAGUUUUAGCAAAUAUACAUUUUAUCUAGGGGAAAGAAAAUAACACUGUGCCAGUUUUAUACCAGUAGCUUGCAGAAUCUCAGCACUUCUUGGUCUCAGCUGAUAUGCCUGGAUUCCCAUAGCAGACAGGGUUGCGAACUCCCUGCUGGGUCCUGGUCUCAGCCAGUCACAGUGAUGGAGCCACUGCUUGGCCUCAGGCAGGUGCAGUGAUUCCAGAAGUGACCACCUCAGCAGUUCAGAAACCAUUAUUGGGGUUAAAAUAUGCAGAUAUUGUGGAGAAACCCAAACGCCAGUGGAAGUUAAAGACAAACUACAGAAUGGAAGUGAUGUUUUGGGUGGGCAAAAAAACUAGUUGAGAAUCUAAAGAGUAGAUUUUUUUUAAAAAAAAGGUUAGCUGUGAAUUUAGAUCUGUUAUCUGUCAUAUCUUAAUAUGACAACCAACCCUUAAUUUUCCACAGUAAAGUAACUAGAGAUUACUGGAUAAUUGUUCCACUAAUAUGUCAUAGUAAUCCAAAAACCUAAUUGUAUUUGGGAGUUUGAAUUGUUCUCAUCAAACUUUUCUUUCCUAGGGAUAAUUUUUUAAAUGAUUGAGUUGUUUCUUAGUUUCUCUUGCUUAUAUAUUUAUGACUGUGUUAGUGAGUAGUGAAAAGAUUUGGAAAGAGCUUCAGGAAAAGGAAUCACAAAAGCCUAAAUAAUUAAUAGGCUACAAAAGUAAUCCCUAAAUAAUCAAGAGUUGGUGGGUGUUGCGAUUGUUCUGAAAUGUUCUUAUGCAAAUGAAGUGUUAAAUCACCAAAUGUAAACCUCAGAACAUCAUCCUCGUGUUCAUAUCGUUUGGAUCCAUGUUAAGAAUGCCUCUUCAUUCUGUGCUCUUGUUACUUGUGGAUUUGUCUUAGUAUAUGUUUUUUGACAAUCACUUCCCUAAAGACUCUUCUGAACUAGUGGGACCUGGUUAUAAUCAUAGAACAUAGUCUUUAAUCAUGGAUAGUCUUCUUGGAUUCUUUUUAUAUUUAAGAAAAUUUUAUUUGUGCUGCUGCAUAGAAAGAGUUAGUUAUUUUCUUCAUUAUGUAGGACUUCACUCCAGAGUUACCAUUACGAGCGUACCAGCUCUGGUCCACCAAGGAUGGAUAAAAAUGGUUAGUCUUAUAUUUUGCCAUGUAGUGCUGUGAACCUUGCUUCUGGUAACAUGAAAGGUAAAGUCAAAGGAGCACUGGGCAGCAGGUAUACUGACUCAUUUUAUGAAGGGAUAAAGACUAAUAUGUUUGGGACCAAAACCACCUAACUUGGACAUUGCUAGAUCACAGAGGGGCUAGGUGUUCUCUGGAGCGGUCCCUGGUUGGUGCUUUAUUGUGAUCAUUUUGCAUUGAGCCCCAACAAUUAGGAACUGGACCCUGGGACUGAGCUGAGGGUGCUGAACUGUUUAGGGGAGGGUGACUGUGGCCAUACGGAAGAUAAAAUAUGGGUUUUUCUGCAAAUUUCCAUUUGAGGAUUUAUACACUUAGUAUUUUUUAAAACAGUUUAAACAACAA